AUGAAAAACCCCAAUAGUGAAGAUCCGAAGGACAGUAUCCAUAAAAACAUUAACUCGGCAAAUUUCAAAACGAACAUAAUUAAUAGCAACAAAGGAAACGUAAAUUUUAACCAACCAAAUUUCCAAAAUUGUGUUCCUUAUAAUAAUGCUAAGCAGUCGAAUAAUAACGUGGCAUACCAUCAGUAUGCAAAUAAAAACUAUGCCAAUCCAAGUAGUUAUGUUAAUAAUAGUAACAGUAAUAGUAAUGCUACCCCGAAUUUCCCCAAAAUUAUGAAUUACAGUAAUAGCGGGAAUUUUACAAAUAGUUAUAAUAAAAAUUAUAAUUACGAUUAUAAUUUGAAUUACCCGAAUGCAGGUGGUAACAGUAAUAAUAAAGAUAAUAAUGGCAGUAGUAGUCAUCAAAUCAGUAGCAGUCAUAACAUUAAUAGUAACCCCUACAUCAAUAGUAGCCCCUACAGUAGUAGUAACCCCUACAGCAGUAGUAACCCCUACAGCAGUAGUAACCCCUACAGUAGUAGUAACCCCUACAGUAGUAGUAAUCAUCAGGGAAGUGUAAAGGAUCCAGUGAACUAUUAUAUAAGCAUGAACAUGAAUAAUAGUAGUAUGAAUAACCCUGUGAACCACAAUAUGAGCACAGCCCCAAACAAUAAUAUGCCAAACAAUAUGUAUACGAACAAAAACUAUAACUUUGCUAAAUCCCCUUAUAUAAAUUAUGCACACGGUAAUACUAAUAUUAUAAAAAAUGGUAGCACCAAUAAUGCUUACUCAAUAAUGCCAACAGCAGACAGCCUAAAUAUUGAAGGACAAAACACUUUUUCGUAUGACAAGAAUUUAAAGAAUACAAAAUAUGGAGGUGUGAAUAAUAAUAAUGAAAAGGGUAAAAGUAUAUUACCAGAUUUUAAUAAAAGUAAUUAUCCAUACAUAAAUUAUAACGUAAAUAGUAGUGUAAAGAUGAAUGGUAUAUCUAGCUCUAAUGUAAAAAACAAUAGCAGUAACAGUGCUAUGUACAUAAAUUAUAGUCAUAGAAGUAGUGGUAAUUUGAGCAGCAAUUGCAACAGUGGUAGUAAUAAAUGCAGCACUAUGCGAAAUCACAAGGCAGUUGUUCCUCCGCCAAAUAUGGGUAUUUUUCCCCCAAGCACGAAUAACAGUGCAUAUAGCUUCAUAAAUGGUAGUAAUAGUAGUAGUAGUACUAAAAAUGUCAAUAAUAUGAAUAAUAAUGUGAAUAAUAAUAUGAAUAAUAAUAUGAAUAAUAAUAUGAAUAAUAAUAUGAAUAAUAAUAUGAAUAAUAAUAUGAAUAAUAAUAUGAAUAAUAAUAUGAAUAAUAAUAUUAAUAAUAAUAUGAAUAAUAAUAUGAAUAAUAAUAUUAAUAAUAAUAUUAAUAAUAAUGUUAAUAAUAUUAAUAGUAUUAAUAAUAUGAGUAGUAGUACCACCAGUAGCAAUAAUUUCCAUGGGCAAAAAAAUAACUCAGUCUUAUAUGCACCAGCUCCUCCGAGUGACAAGGACUGUAUGAAGUAUGACAAAAGAAAUAGUGCAGCGAUGCAUACCUCUGAGGAUACUAUUAUGAAAGAUAUGAAAAAACAUGAUCAUUUUUUUUAUGAAAAUUCACAAAGCCUACAGUAUUCGAGGCAAGCCUUGCCUACCCGCAGCCAUGGUGGCAUACACAGUAAGACAUAUCAAAAUGAAAGGAGCACAAACAGUAUAAACCGCUUAAACAGUGCAAGCAAUGUGGGUAGUGUGAGCAACUUUAAUAUUGCAAAUGAUAUGUACAAUUUGAACAAUUCAAAUUAUGUAAAUAAUUUCAAGCACAUGAGUAACGACCCGAAUACUGGUCCAGGUAACAACUCGAAUAAAGGACCGAAUAACAAUCCGAAUGGCAUCCUGAAUGAUAUCCCGAAUAACAGCCCAAAUAACAACCAGAGUAGCUAUUUUGCGAACGUUGAUUCUAGUAACAGUAGGACGUCGUCAAAUGUAAAUAUGAAAAAAGAAGAGAAUUGCAAAAGUAAUACUUGCAAUAUUAAUGUAGAUGGUCGAGAAAGACUACAGAAUGAUUAUAAUCAAAAUUUUGUAAAUACAGGAGAGAGACCACAAAAUUUCAUAAGAGAUAGUGAUGAAAAUAAAAGAUUUACAAAAUACCCAAAACUUAAACAGUUAUUAGAACUGAAAAAUAUUAUUAUAAAGAAAAGGUCAACACCUGCUCGAUAUAUUAGCUGUGACUUGAGAACAUUUGAAUUAGGAAGUUUAGACAUAAAAUUUGAUGUGAUUCUAAUAGAUCCACCAUGGAAAGAAUAUUAUGAUAGAAAAAUACAUAACUUAGAUAUAUUAAAUAAUAUGCAUAUAGAUAAUUAUGAUUUAAAUAAUGAUAUAAAUGAUGAAAAAGAUAAAUAUUGGUCUUUAGAUGAUAUAGGAAAUUUGGAAAUUGAAAAGAUUGCAGAAAUACCAUCUUUUCUUUUUUUAUGGUGUGGAGUAACACAUUUAGAGGAUGCAAGAAUUUUAUUAAAUAGAUGGGGAUAUCGAAGAUGUGAAGAUAUAUGUUGGUUGAAAACUAAUAUAAAUGAAAAAAAUAAAAAAAUUAAAUACUUAAAUGAAAUAAAUAAUGAAAAUUCUUAUUUACAAAGAACAACGGAGCAUUGCUUAGUUGGCAUCAAAGGAGCGGUUAGAAGGUCAUACGAUAUUCAUUUAAUUCAUGCAAAUUUAGAUACAGAUGUUAUUAUAGCUGAAGAGACAGAUGAAAAUAUUUAUAAUAAUAACAAACCAGAGGAAUUAUACAAAAUUAUUGAAAAAUUCUGUUUAGGAAGAAGAAAAAUCGAAUUAUUUGGUACUAAUAGAAAUAUAAGAAAUGGGUGGUUAACCCUAGGUAAAAAUAUGGAUACAACUUUGUUUAAUAAAGAAGAGUAUAUAAGCUGGUUCGAAGGGGAUAUCGCCUGGCCUGAAGCCACAUCUUAUGUAGGGGGGAAAUAUAUGGGUACGACAAGUGAAAUUGAAAAUCUGCGCCCUAAAUCGCCUCCAAGAAACGCAAAUGGGUAG